AGCCGGAGGUUGGUGUACCCCUGCUGGGGUGAUUUGGCGCAGAGCGGAGGAGGUGCUUGCUCCUGCUUCUGCUCCUCCCCUCUCCUUGCGGCCUCCCGGAGGUCGGCCCUGUUCUUGUGGCCUGAAGUAGGAUGUGGAUGACGCCCAAGAGGAGCAAAAUGGAAGUCGACGAAUCUCGGGUUUUCCGGGCCGAGUGGACCCAGCGUUACUUGGUGGUGGAGCCUCCGGAGGGCGAAGGGGCCCUGUGCCUGGUCUGUCGCCGCCUCGUCGUAGCCACCCGCGAACGCGACGUCAGGCGCCACUACGAGGCCGAGCACGACUACUACGAGCGGUAUGUGGCGGAGGGCGAGCGCGCGGCCCUAGUGGAGCGUCUGCGGCAGGGCGACUUGCCCGUGGUCGUCCCGCUCACUCCUGAGGAGAGAGCUGCUCGUGCAGGCCUCGGGCUCGCCCGCCUCUUGGCCUUGAAGGGUCGCGGCUGGGGUGAGGGGGACUUUGUGUACCAGUGCAUGGAGGUGAUGCUGAGGGAUGCUCUGCCCGAACACGUAAGCGUUCUGGAUGGCAUUGAUUUAUCGCCAGAGGUCACGCGGCAGAGGGUCCUGAACAUUAACAAGAAUCUACGCAGUCAGCUCUUUGACAGAGCCAAGGACUUUAAAGCCUAUUCCCUUGCCUUGGACGACCAGGCCUUUGUGGCCUAUGAGAACUAUCUCCUGGUCUUUGUCCGCGGCGUGGGCCAGGACUUGGAGGUGCAGGAAGAGCUUCUGACCAUUAUCAACCUGACUCGUCACUUCAGUGUUGGUGCCCUUAUGGCGGCAAUCCUUGAGGCCCUGCAAACAGCAGGGCUUAGCUUGCAGCGAAUGGUUGGCCUAACCACGACCCACACUCUGAGGAUGAUUGGUGAGAACUCAGGGCUAGUGUCCUACAUGAGGGAAAAGGCUGUAAGCCCCAACUGUUGGAAUGUUAUCCAUUAUUCAGGAUUUCUGCACUUGGAACUCUUGAGCUCCUACGAUGUAGACGUUAAUCAGAUCAUAAAUACUAUAUCAGAAUGGAUAGUUUUAAUUAAGACCAGAGGCGUUAGGCGCCCGGAAUUUCAGGCGUUACUAACCGAAUCUGAAUCAGAGCAUGGCGAAAGGGUUAAUGGACGAUGUCUCAACAAUUGGCUUAGAAGAGGGAAAACUUUAAAAUUAAUAUUUUCCCUGAGAAAAGAGAUAGAAGCGUUCUUAGUUUCAAUAGGGGCGACAACGGUCCAUUUCACAGACAAGCAAUGGCUGUGUGACUUUGGCUUCUUGGUGGAUAUUAUGGACCACCUUCGAGAACUCAGUGAACUAUUGAGAGUCAGUAAAGUCUUUGCUGCUGCUGCCUUUGACCAUAUCUGUACCUUUGAAGUGAAGCUGAAUUUACUGCAGAGACAUAUUGAGGAGAAAAAUCUAACACACUUUGCUGCCUUCAGAGAAGUUGUUGAUGAGCUUAAACAGCAUCUUAAAGAAGAUCAAAAAAUAUUUGAUCCUGAUAGGUAUCAAGUGGUGAUCUGUCGCCUACAGAAAGAAUUUGAGAGACAUUUCAAGGACCUCAGGUUCAUUAAAAAGGACUUAGAACUUUUCGCAAAUCCUUUUAACUUUAAACCUGAAUAUGCGCCUAUUUCAGUAAGAGUGGAGCUAACAAAACUUCAGGCGAAUACUAACCUUUGGAAUGAAUACAGAGUCAAAGACUUGGGGCAGUUCUAUGCUGGAUUGUCUGCUGAAUCUUACCCAAUUAUCAAAGGGGUUGCCUGUAAGGUGGCAUCCUUGUUUGAUAGUAACGAAAUCUGCGAAAAGGCUUUUUCAUAUUUGACUCGAAACCAACACACUUUGAGCCAGCCAUUGACAGAUGAGCAUCUCCACGCCCUGUUUAGGAUUGCCACAACUGAAAUAGAGCCACACUGGGAUGACCUUGUGAGAGGAAGAAAUGAAUCCAAUCCAUAAGCCUUGGUAAUACAACAUCAAGACACCCAAAAGAGAAUCUCAUUCUAAAAGCAAACAUUUGUCUGAUUUUUCAAGUUAACUAAUUUGGAUUGUGUCAAAGCACCAAGUUUAUUCAUCCAAAUUGAUCACGAUUCAGAUUCUUCUGACAGAUGUUUUUAUCAUCUCAAGAGGCAGCAUGGGACUGAGACAUGCAAACACCUUUUUUAAAAUUUAAUUUAAUGACAGAGUCAUUGUCUUUUGCUUUUAUGAUAUAAUUGUUUUUAAAGAAGUUCAGUACUGAUAAUGUGAGUUGAAUUAGAAGUCUGUUUUUCAGAUGUUUUAAAGAAAUUUUAGGUUUUAACAAAGUGUUUAAAUUCUGAUACAUAUGGUCUGAAGUUAUCAACUCCUUAAAUAUAUGUUUGAGCCAGUUUGCAGAAACUCAGGAAGUUCAGAAGUUUCUGAGAAGGAAGAACGUACAGUGGAGGUAUUUUGUCUAUCAAAAUGUUGAAGACUAUUUUUUUUAAACUUUUCUGAGUCUGAAAUCAAUACUGACAGAUGUCCUUUCACCCCCCCCCAACCUGCCCUAGCGAUAUUAUUACUAGUAGAAAAAAAUAA